AUCCUUUCACCAUCACAAUCCACCUCUCUCGAUUACCAUCUUCAAGACCCAAUUCCGGGGAUGAAGCCGCCGCCGAUCAUGUCACCCACGAUAACGACGAUCGCUCCUCCGCUGUCGCCAGUGACUGCAUGCGCGAUACUUACCAAAGCUCUUUGCCACUUCACAGCAUGGGUGUGGAGGACGAGAGGAGUAGUCUUGAAAAUAAUGGGUCAUCAUGUGCUCCCUACUCAAAUUUGACAAUUGAUGAUGUGUCGCCUAUUGAAACCGCUAGGGCAAGGUUUAUGGACGUCGUCGUGAAUCAUUUUAUUGAUCCACAUGUUAUUGAGAUGUCAGAUUAUGACACUGAUUACAUGGUGCAGCAACCGUCACAAGAAAGCAAGAGGAAGUCCAAAGAGAUUCGAUAUGAAGGCGAUGCACGCUAUGCUUUGCCACUGAUGUAUAUUGCUAAUCUAUAUGAAACGCUAGUGAAUGAAGUGAACACGAGAUUAUCAUCACUGAGUGGCAUCCGCGAGAAGACCAUUGGUGUGGCCCUUGAAGCUGCUGGUGGAUUGUAUAGAAAGCUUGCAAAGAAAUUUCCUAUAAAAGGUACUUGUAUUUUUAAGAGAAGGGAGCUAGCGACUUCAUUUGAAACAAGAUCGAAGUUUCCCGAAUUGGUGAUACAGGAGGAGAAGCGUGUGCGCUUUGUGGUGGUCAAUGGCUUAGCUAUCGUUGAAAAACCAACCAAAGUUGGUAUUGAUGAUGCUGAGUGGUUUAAGAGGCUGACUGGACGGAAUGAAGUUGCUGUUUUUGCUAGAGACUACAAAUUUUAUGCUCCAACCUAUAGGCGUGCUGUGUCAAAUUCUAACUUCAAUAUGCCUUGUUUGCCUGCAUUCCCUAGUCCUGAAAAUUCUUCUUCAGUGGCGACUUCUCAAGGCUAUCGAGCAGCAAACGAAGCUCAGUUUCAUCCUAUGCACGAGGGGCAUAACAAUUCUAUCAAUCACAGUUCCCAUUCGACUCACUAUAUGCUCAGCCAACAGUGUAUUCCCCCACCUCAGUUGCCUGAAAUGGUUCACAACCAGCAGCCAUCAUUGGCCCUCAAUCAUAUAGCUUCUCUACAGUCUCUUGGUCAUGUUGGAGGACGUCUGCAUGUUAUGCCAACAAGUCCGGCAAAGUUCUGCGACGAAUGUGGAGUUCCUUAUCUCAGGGAGACCUCAAAGUUCUGCUCUGAAUGUGGUACCAAGAGGUUAGGCACUUGAGUCUUGAAAUGCCCAAUCAAAGCGUGUACAAAUAUUCAUUCUU